AUGUUGCUUGAUCGUCUGCGCCACGACAGCACCCUGCGCCGGUUGUGCGGCUGGCGUAGCGUCAAGCACAUUCCGAGCGAGGCGACGUUUUCACGUGCCUUUGCCGAAUUUGCCGACAGCGCCUGCGAGCCACCUGCACGAGGCGCUGAUCAAACGCACCAGGGUGAGCGUCUGGCAGGCCAUAUUUCACGCGAUUCGACGGCGAUUGAAGGGCGCGAGAGAGCCGACCCCGAAGGCGCCGCAGCCGGCCAAGCCGAAGCGGCGGCGCGGGCGUCCGCGCAAGGGCGAGGAGCGCCCCACGGAGCCGCGCCGUCUGGAGCGCCAGCGCAACAUGACCCUGCCGGAGAUGCUCGCCGACUGCCGUACGCCUGUGACAUUGGCGUCAAGCGCGACGCCAAGGGCUAUCAGACGUCAUGGAGCGGCUACAAGUUGCAUAUUGACGCGGCCGACGGCGCCAUCCCGGUCAGUUGCCUGCGUACCUCGGCGUCGCUGCACGACAGCCAAGUCGCCAUCCCGCUGGCGACCCUGACGGCGGAGCGAGUCCGCAACCUGUAUGACCUGAUGGACAGCGCCUACGAUGCCCCGGAAAUCCGCGCCCACAGCCGCGCCCUGGGUCAUGUUGCGAUCAUCGACGUCAACCCCCGCAGCGGCGCGCGCAAGCAGGCGCUGCGGCAGGAGAGGCAGGCACGGGCGUGCCUGUGGGUUGGUCCUGUCUGA